AUGGAGUCGCUGGCCGCCGCCAGUCAGCUGGGAACUGGGAGAGACUCUGGCUCCUCCUCCUCCUCCUCGCCCCACUCCAAGCAGGAGCUGCAGCCUUACUCGGGCGCCAGCCCCUUGAAGCCCAACCAAGUCGGGGAGACCUCCUUGUACGGGGUGCCGAUCGUCUCGCUGGUCAUCGACGGGCAGGAGCGCCUGUGUCUGGCGCAGAUCUCCAACACGCUGCUCAAGAACUACAGCUACAAUGAGAUCCACAACCGGCGCGUGGCGCUGGGCAUCACCUGCGUGCAGUGCACCCCCGUGCAGCUGGAGAUCCUGCGCCGGGCCGGCGCCAUGCCCAUCUCCUCGCGGCGCUGCGGCAUGAUCACCAAGCGCGAAGCCGAGCGUCUCUGCAAGUCCUUCCUGGGCGAGCACAAACCGCCCAAGCUGCCCGAGAACUUCGCCUUCGACGUGGUGCACGAGUGCGCCUGGGGCUCGCGGGGCAGCUUCAUCCCGGCCCGCUACAACAGCUCGCGGGCCAAGUGCAUCAAGUGCAGCUACUGCAGCAUGUAUUUCUCGCCCAACAAGUUCAUCUUCCACUCCCACCGAACGCCCGAGGCCAAGUACACCCAGCCCGACGCCGCCAACUUCAACUCCUGGCGCCGGCACCUCAAGCUCAGCGACAAGACAGCCACCGACGACCUCAGCCACGCCUGGGAGGACGUCAAGGCCAUGUUCAACGGAGGCACGCGCAAGCGGACCUUCUCCCUGCACGGGGCCGGCGGCAACAGCAGCGCCUCCCAUGCGGCCAAGAGCUCCCUGCACCCGCCGCCGCCCUCCUCGGCGGACCUGGCCCCGGUGCACAAGAGCCUGCGCUGCAGUGGGGCCGAGGAGCAGCCCGGGGAGCGCGGGGCGCUGGGCUUGCCGGCGGGGGCGCACGGGCCGGCCGCCUCUGUGCGCAGCUACCCGGUCAUCCCGGUGCCCAGCAAGGGGUUUGGGAUGCUGCAGAAGCUGCCCCCGCCGCUCUUCCCGCCCCCCUACGGCUUCCCAGCCGCCGCCUUCGGGCUGUGUCCCAAGAAGCAGGAGGACUCCUUGGGGGGAGCCGGAGCAGGCGACCCGGGCAAAGCCGGAGCGUUGCCCCAGGCCAUGUUCUGGGGGCCGCCACACCCGCAUCCGCCCCAGCCGCAGCAGCCGCCGCCGGGGGGCUCGGCCAAGGACAGCGGUGUCUACCCCUCCUUCCCCAUGUUCUGGCCGGCCUCCGGGAGCCUGCCCGUGCCCCCCUACCCGGCCCAAAGCCAGGCCAAAGCAGCCGCCACGGCGGUCGUAGUGGCCGCCGCCGCUGCAGCCGCCGCAGCCGCGGCAGAGCCUCUUGGACUCCGCAGCCAUGGCCACGUGGAGCUGGAAGGCUCAGAGCCAUCGGGCAGCGAGCGCAGUAGCGCCACCCCGCAGGAGGGCUCGGGCUCCGGGGUCGCCGACGGCGAGCGCUGCUCCAGCGCCCUCUCCAGAGCUGCGCCUGCCGUCGGGGAAGACGAGCGCUCCGGGGACGAAGCCCUGCUAGCCCCGCUGCCUCUGCCCAGGAAGGGCAGCUACCUGUCGGCCUUCCGCCCUGUCGUCAAGGAUGCAGAGAGCAUAGCCAAGCUCUACGGGACCAGGGAGGCCUAUGGGGGCCCUGCGGGGUGUCCCGGCUACCUUUCCCCGGACUUCCUCAGCGAGGGCAGCUCGAGCUACCGGUCCCUCUCCCCUGGCAACGACACAGUGGACGAGCCCGAAGUGGACGUGGAGUCCAACCGCUUCCCGGAGGACGAGGACGAAGAGGAAGAGGCGCCCGUCGAGGAAGCGGAGGAAGGGUCUCCUCCCCAGCAGCUGCACUUGACCGAGGCCGAGGAGCCGCUCGCAGCUCCCGGGAGCGGGGUCGGCGUCUUGGCAGCCGCGGAGAAAGCCGCGGAAAAGGCGGCGGAGCCUGAGGGGAGCCCUUCGGAGAGGAGCAACAGCAGGGCCGGCUAUGAGGACAGAGAGGACCCUUCGCAAGCUCUUAAAAGCAACGUCUCCCUGGCCCCCCCGACAACCACUUACCUCUGCACCCCGGAGAGGAAUGAACCAGAUAAAGAAGACAAUCAUUCGGCAGCUGAGGAUUUGGAGAGCAAGAAAUCCUACCAGAGCCAAAGGGUCGCCUCGCAGUCCAGCCCAGCUCAUGCCGACCGAGGAGACGAGGGGGUCAGCAUUGACAUCACCAGGACUCAACUGGGGGAGAAAGAUAUUGGGAACCUGGCUAGAGAUGAGUUGCAAAAACUUCUCAUGGAGCAAAUGGAGUUGAGGAAAAAGCUGGAACGGGAAUUCCAAAGCCUGAAAGAUAACUUUCAAGACCAGAUGAAGAGAGAGCUGGCAUACCGGGAGGAAAUGGUGCAGCAACUGCAGAUUGUGCGAGAUACCCUGUGCAAUGAACUAGACCAAGAGAGAAAAGCUCGCUAUGCCAUCCAACAGAAGCUCAAAGAGGCGCACGAUGCACUGCACCAUUUUUCUUGCAAAAUGCUGACCCCCCGCCACUGCACCGGGAAUUGCUCCUUCAAGCCCCCCUUGCUGCCCCAGUGA